CGCGUUCACUGUGCGAUCAACUCAAGUGACAGCAGCGAUAUAAUACACACAACUGUCCAUCGAGGCAACAUAUUUGAGGUUAUCGUGUAGUGCGCUCGCUAUCCGCUCGUCUUUACCGGAUUAAAGAGCGAUGAUGGCGUCCAGCUAUAACGCAAAGGAUGAGGACGGUCUCCAUCCGGGAUCGGUGGGCUCCGGGGGCCCGGGAUCCGUCAAGAGCAAGAAGCCCGAUAACACGGCCUUUAAACAGCAGCGUUUGCCCGCCUGGCAGCCCAUCCUGACCGCGGGCACCGUCCUGCCAGCCUUCUUCAUGAUCGGACUCAUCUUCAUCCCCAUCGGCAUCGGACUCUUCGUCACCUCUAACAACAUCAAAGAGUUCGAGAUCGACUACACUGGUGUCGACAUGUCCAGUCCGUGUUAUAACUGCGCGCAGAACUACAGCUGGAACAGCACUAGUGUGUGUACCUGCUCGGUGCCCUUCACCCUGGACCAGCACUUCGACAGUAAUGUGUUCAUGUACUACGGACUCUCCAACUUCUAUCAAAACCAUAGACGUUAUGUCAAGUCCAGAGACGACAGUCAGCUGAACGGAGAUAAAAGCUCUUUACUGAACCCAAGUAAAGAGUGUGAACCGUAUCGAACAAGCGAGAAGAAGCCCAUUGCUCCCUGCGGUGCCAUUGCGAACAGUCUCUUCAAUGAUACUUUGGAGCUGUUUUACCUCCAUCCCAACGGAAGCCGAAUAGCUAUUCAUCUGGUGAAGACGGGCAUUGCUUGGUGGACGGACAAACAUGUGAAGUUCAGAAACCCAGGAGGAAGCAACAGCAACCUCUCCGUUGUGUUCCAAGAAACAAGCAAACCCGUAAACUGGCGCAAACCCGUUUAUGAGUUGGACCCGACGGACGCUGAGAACAACGGUUUCAUCAAUGAGGAUUUCAUCGUGUGGAUGAGAACCGCUGCGCUCCCCACCUUCAGAAAACUGUACCGCAUCAUUCAGAAGAAGAAGGACAACAUGACUCCAACAUUACCGCCUGGAAACUACAGCCUGGAAGUCACCUACAAUUACCCAGUGCGCAGCUUUGACGGCCGCAAGCGUAUGAUCCUCAGCACUAUCUCCUGGAUGGGUGGGAAGAACCCUUUCCUGGGAAUCGCCUACAUCACAGUGGGAUCCGUGUGUUUCUUCCUGGGAGUGGUCCUGCUGAUCAUCCACCAUAAAUACGGCAACCGCAACAACAGCGCUGACAUUCCCAAUUAA